AUGGUACAUCUCCACUUCACUCCCUCGCAAAAGACCUGGAUCUCGAGCGUCUUCUUCCUCGUCGCCGGCGCCUUCACCACUGGAACGGGUAUUAUGUCUUUGUCGGUGAUAACACCUGGCUGGCCAUCUGAUCCAUCGUGGCCGGCUUCUCCAAGUCCUACGAGAUGUUGGUCGUGGCCCGCGCGCCUUGGAGGCUUUGGCACCGCUGCCUCCCUCCCCUCGGGCGUGUCACUCCUCGGCGGCACCUACGUUCGUCCCGGCAGAAGAAAGAAUCUCAUCUUUAGCAUUUACGGCGGCUGCUCCCCUUUUGGGUUCUGUGUAGGCAUCCUGACGGCUGGCGUAGCGGGCCAGUUCCUCAACUGA